GUGGCCUUUUGGAAAAACCGUGAGCUGGACGGUUGAGAAUCUCUACAGACAUUCCUCUUUCUUCUUUCUUCAGGUGACAGCCGAGGUUGGAUCAAGAUGGAAAAUUCUCAGCGGGGAGAGACUGUGCUGGAAGAAACCCCCAGGACGCUAGCAGACAAUUCCCAGUGGACAUUUCCUGUCACCUCUAACAUUCAUGGACUGAGGUGGGAAUUCCAAGUGGAUAAGAUGCCCGCCAAGGGGAAGAAUGAAUGGUGUGACGUCUCAGAUGAUCUUACAACUGCCGUCGAGAAGAAUCCCACCGCGCAGGCAGAACGGGGAAAGGCCCUGCCGCCGAAGCAGGGACGAAAAUGCUGUUAUAAACCAGGAUUUGUGGAGAUGCAUGGGAAACCCUGCCCCUGUCCCUCUUUGGAGGAAACGAUCCAGCAGAAAUGUUACUUGGAUAAACCUCAGAGGACCCAUUCAGCUGAGCAAGAAGCGGAACCUUUGGAGGUGAGGAAAGACUUCCACCUGGGGGAUGAUUUGACGGGGUGCCCGAAAAAUCACCCAUCCGAGGAACCUCGCGAAUGCCUGAAGGAGGAGAAAGACAGUAAAAGCCAGAAAGCCGUAAAGAGAGAUCAAGGCAUUCAGACGGAAGGGAGGCGGUAUCGGUGUGCCCAGUGUGGGAAAUCCUUCCGACACAGGCAAACAUUGACCAAACACCAGAAGAUCCACACGGGCGAGAAACUGCACGAAUGCCUGGCUUGCGGGAAGAGCUUCACGUCGCGAGAACCUCUGCUGAGGCACCAGCGGAUUCACACGGGAGAGAAACCCUACGAAUGUCCCCAGUGCGGGAAAUGUUUUCGGCAGAGGGUCCACUUGAUGGGUCAUCAAAAAACCCACACGGGAGAGAAACCUUUCAAGUGUCCCGAAUGCGGGAGAAAUUUCUCUCGGAGGGAUAAAUUGACCAGGCACCAGCGCAUCCACCGAUGUCAGCGAACUUACGCGCAUCCCGAACUUGGGAAGAGUUUCGAUCCGAAGGCAGCACUGCUCAAACAUCCAAAUCUCUAUGAAGGACAAUGACAGACUUUCGGCUUCAUUCUUUGGUAGCCUAUUUUACCAGACGGUUUUAAGUCUCCUCAAAUGCCUGUCAGGAUUGGGACAGGUUCUUACAGAUCAGUGGUGGGCCGCAACCGGUUUAACAACCGGUUCUGUGAGUGCACGCUUCACACGUGCAGCAUUCAAUAAACACCCAUUUGAACCUCUCCAGUUCACCUUCUAGCCCCGUG